AUGUCGGCGAAUCUGCUGAAGCAGAUGCUGGUGAAUGCAGCGGCGUUGCUCAAGGCCGAGCGAUACCAAGAGGCUCAGGACUCUGCUCGUCGUGUAACGCAGCUCGACCCGAACAACUUUCAGGCGUUCAUGUGCGUGGGGCUCGCUAGCUUCCAUCUCCAGCAGUGGGAAGAAUGUGAAGAAGCGUAUCGAAGAGCUUCGGGUUUGAAGCCGGAGAUGCCAGCGCCAUGGAAGCACCUUGUAGACCUGUUUCAGGCCAAGAAUGACUUGAAGAACAAGUUGGAGCCGAUGGAAAAACUUGUAGAUAUAAAUCUGAGAAGCAAGAAGCUCAAGCGAUGCCAGAAGUGGGUCGCAGAAGUUGCAGCUACGGCAUUAGAGCUCAAGAUGCUUCCAAAAGCUUUUGACGCGUGGUUCUCACUUGUGGGGAAGCAGACUGGAGCUUUGGGGAUGGAAGAGACUCCAAAUGAGGAGCUACCGUCCACGUUGACUAUAUGGCUGGAUCUAGUCGAUCUGCUACAGCGUCCCGGUUUCAGUCUAUCAGCUUGUACCGGCAACUACUCAAUGGAGGAAAUCUCUAGUCAGUGUCUCGCCGCUGCAUCUCGCUUGGACUGGAAGACUUCUACUGAUGAGCUCAACGCAGUUCGGCCGCGAGUGGACGCUGCGAUCGCAUUCUUUAUGCGCUUUUACUUGGAUUCGUUACAAACUUCCAAAACAAAGCACGCCCUCCUCAAGACCAUCGAUGCCUUGGCAAUGUCGAUUGUCGAGUGGCUCCCUGAAUCUAAGAUGCCAGCAGAAUUUUUGCUCCUCCGAUCUGAGGAUCGGGAUAGCCCUAUCGGGUUCGAUAAAGCUAAAGAAGUUGCAGCCAAGCUGUUUGCGAGGCAUCCCAAGAGCGUCAUGGCUCUUGUCUUUCGAGCGAUCGAAUGUUUGUGCGAGGGGAGCAGUAGUGAGGCUCGAGAACGUCUCGUUGAAGCACUCGCAGGAUACUCUUCGUCAUCCUUUCAAGAAUGCGCUCUUUGCAUCCGCGCUCAAGUCGAGUUGGCGUCCAUCGCACUCUCAGCACGGGAUGUGGAAGGCUGCCUAAAUCGUCUCGCAUUGGCUAGGAAGGUGGUGGCGGAAAAGACAGCGUGUCUGGGAUCCCAAGGUCCGCAUCCUGAGCUGUAUUCUGAAGUAAAGCUGCUGUUUAUGACGGCUACUGCACGCGAGUACUCGGGCGAGGUGGAGAAGGCUCUGGAGCAUUACCGGAAUGUCAUAACGAGCACCGAUCUUCGUUUUGCGGCAGAAGCGGCGAUUGCAACAGCAGAGCUCAUGGCAAGCAAAGCGCAACCGCAAGAGGCCUUUGACAUUCUCAGUUCUAUAUCUGUACCUAAGCUGGAGGACGAAAGCGCGAUUGCUACGGUGUUAUGCUUGCGUGGAUGGCUUCGCUUUCAGCUAGGCGACAUAAAGCAGGCUCAAAUGCUGUUGGAAGCAAAUGUGAGCAAGAUUGAGCCGAGUGAUACUUUUGGCAAGGGACGAACGCUCAAGCGAUUAGCAAUUGUAUAUUGGCAUUUGGGUGGCUCUCAUCAAACAGCCAAAACGGGGUGCUUCGGUCAUUUGCUACAAGCCGCCAAGUUGACACCAUCCGACGCAGAGAUCUUUGCUUGGUUGGGUAAGUGGUACGAGAACAUUGCAAACGAUGUCAUGCGUGCCGAGAAAUGCUUUUUGAAGGCGCUUUCGCUGUCUCCUGCUGAUGAGCUAGCAGGUACCGGUUUGAGCAAUUUGUACGAUCUGCAGGGAAACGACAUGGCAAAUAUAGCAUUGUGGCAGCGACUAACUGAGAAUCAAGAGACAGCUCCUACGUGGGCGCUUUUGAGGCUAGUGCAACACCUUGUGGAGCAAAAUGAUGAGACUGCGGUGGGAAAGAUGCACCUGGUGCUGCGCAACGAUCCUAUGAAUGCUCACUACUGGGUAAUUCUGGCACAUGUUUACCAAAACUUUGACAAGCAAGUUUCUGCGCAGAGAUCGUACUUGAAGGCUAUUGACCUGGGUGAAGAAAGCUGGUGCGUUCGCUGCGAGCUGGCAAAGAUCGAAGGCUCAUUAUUGCUUUUUGAUGAUGCCUUGAAGCGCAUCAAACCGGUAGUUACUGGCGAGUUGCAGGAUAGUGACCCAGAUGUGGGUGCCGCCUCCAUGAUUUACUCCGACUUGCUUUUCCAGCAAGCGAAAUGCUUGUGUGCGGAAGGACUAUAUGGUAGCGCAGCUGCAAAUCUGAUCGAAGCAUCGGAUACCAUGAAGGGACUGCCGUCCACUUUUUUGUUCUCUGGAUCCGUGGAAGUGUGUAAGCUGAUCGGCGAUAUUCACUGUUUCGCGUUCUACUUGUCACCAGAGGACUUUUCUAGCAAAGAGUCUAGCUGGGUUGAUUUCAUCAGCGCAGGAAGGGAGGCAUAUGAGGCAGCCGUACUACUUGCCGAUAAGUGUGAACAGGAAACUACCGAUACUUCUGAUGUGGCUGCCGUGUCAGAGAGAUACUAUGAUGUCGGUCUGAGUUAUUGGUACGAAGCCGAAGCUCUUAACAACGUACAUGGCAACUGCACAUCAGCUUUUUCGAUCCAAAAGAGCCCCGCCAACUCUGGUGAAGACGCCCCCGUUGCGGAACUCAAAGCAAAAGCAUUGAUGAAUUUCAAGCUAGCGCUCGAUGAGGAUCCUUCGUACUCGUUAGCUUGGAAUGGUCUGGCACUUGUGUCUGACAAUUUACUGGUAAAGCAGUUUGCGUGGACACGGUCAAUUCAAACUGGUAGCAGCAGCGACGCUACAUGGGCAAAUUUGGGCAUGUUUUACCUCAGCCAUGCCGACGCCGUGGCGGCAAUGACAUCUCUGGCCCGAAAGUCGUUCCUCCAGCUACAGAGUGUAAAUCCAAACAACCCGUCCAUGUGGAACGGGUAUGCAAUGCUAGCUCGUCGUCAAGCUGACUCAGCAGUUGAGCAAACGAAAGCGAUUGAGGCUUUUGACUGUGCGCUACAGACGGGAUUAGAUCUUGAUGCUAUGCUGGGCUUGUGUAUGAUACUGCUUUAUUGUGGAGACGGCGUUGACGAAUCGAUCACGGAUGCUCCAGAGCACGGGAAUGAACAGAUAAUGUUCUUUUUGACAAAGUGUCUGGAGCGAGACCCAUUCAACGGGCGCGCUUGGCAUGCACUCGGUAUCGUGCAGCAUCGUUUGGGACUGUACUCAAGCGCCUUGACAUCUUACGCCCGCGCGGCCUCGUCGCCACAGGCGCUUGAAGGGCUUGAAUGGAACACACUGCUAGCGACACUUGGCAAACUUUCCGCUACAGCUCAGAGCUCUGCAACAAAUGAAACCGCACUAUUGCAAGAGAUUGCCACGUUGAUCAAGUCGCCCACAGGAAGGUCCCCUGCACUAGAAGCCAUUCUGCAAGCGCAGAUUCUAUACCGUCAGUCAAAGGAAGGCGAGUCGCUUGAUCUACUCCAGGAACUGAUGUCCAAUCAAAACCUUCAGACGAGGGAAAACGAUGCUGUUGCCCUGGUGGGCCUGUCAAUGGCGGCCCUGCUAGUGGACAAGUUCACUCCUCAAGCAAAUCGCCUCGCAACAGUGUGCAAAAACCACCUCUUGUCAUCGAUUGAUCAAGCAGAGUCGACUCUUUCCAAGCGCGACCAUCUGAAUCUGCGUUCGGUGGAGCUCCAUGAGCGGUGGGUGGGCGCCAACGAGGCUUGCCUCACACGUCUGCAAGCUCUGUCGCAAACCAGUGGCGGUGCCAGUUCCAGCACGGUGUGGCUAAGGUUGGCUCUUGCGGCGAUCGAUUCACAAACCCUUCAGGUGUCUAGUUGUCUUGCUGAGUACUUGCGAACACCUGCGAGUAGUUUCUUGUCCCCUGGUGAGGAGACAGACGAUCGCAACUUCCUCGAUGCUUUUCUUGGAUUGUUCAAGGCUGGUCCAUCGGGAACAGAAGGGUUGUGCUGGGAUGCGCAGAAGUUGAUCCGUGCCCAACCGUGGAACCCACAGGCGUACGUUGUGGCUGGAACGAGUAUUCUAAAGCGGAUGAGCCUUCAAGCAAAGGAUGAGUCUAUCGAUGAAGUUCUUCGCCAACUACUGCGGUUGUUGCAGACUGGUCUGUCGUUGUCCGCCCGUACGAGCGGAAACGAGUACGACGGUGCUCAGUUGGAGCUGUUGAUGAGCUAUUGCUUUGUUAGGCUCGGCAUGCACGGACAGGCAACUGCUACCGCAGACAAAGCUCUGGACCGGGUAGCGACAGGCAAGAAGUGUGGUGCUAUAGCACAUUUGGUGGACACUGACCUGUUAGAAGCGCGAUUAUUGUCCGUCUCGGACCCAACGAAGGCCAUCAAGAAAUACUUGGCCAUGGUAGCUGUUGUCUCAGAUAGCGCCGCGACUUGUUCCGGCCGAUUGUUUCCCAUCCUUCUUGAGCUGGGUGGGCUUUACGAAGAACUGCAGCUCUUGGACGCUGCUAUCAACGUGUGGAAGCUGGUAGCUUCAUUGACAGCGACCAAAUCUGUUGGUUCCGAUGGCACGGACAACGAUGCGAGCAGUGCUGCCACCACCGCGAGUAGCAAUAGUGACAUUGCUGCUUGUUUCUUGGCAAAUUUGCGGCUAUCACUCAUUCAUGGGAAACAGAACAACGCCAAGAUGGCGCGCAAGCACAUUAGGAUGGCGAUGACCCUCGCUGAAGCUGAUUCUAACUUUCACUCAUCCACAGUUGUAGCAUUUGUGUCAGAAGUUCUUGCGAAGUAG